UUUUGCAAAAGUUUUUUUUGUAAUUUUAUUAUUUUUUAAAUUUUUUUGUCUUUUACAGAAAAGAAUGUUUUGUAAUCGUGAAAUUGACACUAAAAAUGGGAAUAAAAAGUUAAAUUAUGAGGGUAGACUUUAUAUAUUUGAUAAACCAAAUAGUGAUGGAACGAUUAAAUUUUGGAGAUGUGAAUUUAAAAAUGGAAUUGAAAAAUGCAAAGGCCGUAUAUGGACUACUUUGGAGGAUGAAUUUGUUCGUAUGGUUACUCAGCACACCUGUGAACCUAAUCCAGCUCGAAUUGUUGCGCAGGAAGUGAAGACAGGAAUGAAAAGACGAGCUGUGGAAACUAUGGAGCCACCGACAGUCAUUCGUUCACACGUCUUAGAACACACAAAUUCACCAGCUUUAGCUGAAGUUCCUUCCAAACAAGUUAUUUUUUCUAGAAAUUUUUUUCUGAGAUUUUGUUCUGAUUUCUUGUUCUGA